AUGUACAACGGGAUAGGGUUGCAGACCCCUCGGGGCUCCGGCACCAGCGGCUACGUUCAGGCGAACGCCUUCAACCUGAGGGCGAAGGCGAACCGAGCCGUCACCGGCCCGAGCAAGGGUUUCGAAUCGGGCCAGGGGGCGGCGGGCGUGACCCGGGGUCCCAACAAGGAGAUACUGGAGCACGACCGCAAGCGCCAAGCGGCAGAUCGAGCUCAAGCUCCUCGUGCUGAGAAGCUGUCAGAUCAGGGGUACACGGACGCCGAGAUCGAGGAGAAGCUGGAUGAGGCGGGGAAAUCGCUCGAGGCGAAGGAGAAUGAGGAAGGGGGAGAUAAUGCACUCACACAGACCCACCAGGUAGCUGCACGGAAGGAAAAGCAGAUGGAAACUUUAAAGGCUGCUCUUGGAAUACAAUCUGAAGCUGAUAGAGAAAAGAAGCUCCGUGUUAUAGAGGUUGGCAAAUUUGUAGAGGGUCUCACUGAAGAUGAACCUAGAAAUAUACACAAAAAGGACAGAAGAGAUGUGAAGGUUUCAAAGAAGAUUGAAUCUGGUAGAGACAAAACAAAGCACCAAAGUAAGGAAAAAAGCAAAAGAAGCCAUGACGACUCAUCCGAUUCGGAUAGCAUUGAGAGACAUGGGACUAGAGGAAGGAACAAGAAAAAGGUUAGAGCUGACGAUAGUAGUGAUGAUUCCGACAUUGUUGCUAGGAAGAGAAAGAAAGAACUGUCAAGUAAACAUAAGAAAGUUGCAAGACAUGUCACUAGUUAUGAGAAAGCCCGUCGGCGGUAUGAUUCUGAUGCUGACCACAAGUCUAGAAGAAGCUCGAAAAGUGGAAAGCAACAACCAAAGAGUUUUUCCAAAAGUAAGCGGCACGAUUCUGAAGAUGACAGCUCUGAAGGAGACCAUGCACGGGAGAGUAAAAAGUUGAUCAGCAGAAAACAGAAUUCCCGCAAUAAAUACAGCUCGGAUGAUGACUUUAAACAACAUGAGAGGACGAAACAAACUAGGAAGGAAAGGAAAGUUGACUCGGACGGCAGUGACCAUAUUUCUGAUGAAGACCCUAAAAAUAAAUACAGAACU